AAAUCUUUUGUUAUAAAGAUGGACUUGUUAAAAGGCGGAUUUUAAAAUGAUAAUUCGGAUGGAGAUAGCUUAAGAUAAUCUUGGACUACUGAAGAUAGUCUAAGUCGAACUUCAAGCUACGAUGCCGCUGAAGAGGUUAAUGAUCUAGAGGAAAGAAUCUCUCAAUAUUUAAAUGAUUUGAAUAUUUAAUCAUUUACAAAUCCUACUCUCAAAGAGGAAAUCUAUAACCUUUAAUUGAAACAAAAAUUAGUAAUAUAUUUUAAAUAUCUCACUAGUUUUCAAAAAUUAUCUCAUUAAAUAACACAAACUAAAGUACUCUCCUGAAAAAACGUUCGCUGCUCUUUGCUGAAUGAUUAUUACCAUUUUUCCA